CCUCCUGGUCAACAUCAGCCUCAGCGACCUGCUGGUGUCCCUCUUCGGGGUCACCUUUACCUUCGUGUCCUGCCUGAGGAACGGCUGGGUGUGGGACACCGUGGGCUGCGUGUGGGACGGGUUUAGCGGCAGCCUCUUCGAGAAGAGUUCCAGUCACAAAUGCAUAUAUGGUGCAUUUUGACAUUUACUGCUAAGAUGAAAUGCAGAAAUGAAACCACACAUCCAUUUUAGUAUUCUCAGAUGUGAUUAGAUGUACUUGCUCAUGUUUUUAUGCUACUGACUUAUAAGGAAAAAAGUAUAUUUUAAAAGGGUAACUGUUAAACAGCUAGGACCUGCAACUUCAGUGCUUCUGGGAUAAACUGGAACAUCAGAAGGACAGAUUUUAUUACAGUAUAAUCACACCUCAUUUCUUUCAUCAGCAACUGUCACCAGACACUUUUACUUCCUAGAAUGGCGGACAAUCUUCCCACAGAGUUUGAUGUGGUUAUAAUAGGGACAGGUUUGCCCGAAUCCAUCCUUGCAGCUGCAUGUUCAAGAAUUGGUCAGAGAGUUCUGCAUAUUGAUUCAAGAAGUUACUAUGGAGGCAACUGGGCUAGUUUCAGCUUUUCAGGAUUGCUAACCUGGUUGAAGGAGUAUCAGCAAAACAAUGACAUUGGGGAAGAAAGUACUGUUGCAUGGCAGGACCUGAUCCAUGAAACAGAAGAAGCCAUCUCUCUUCGCAAGAAGGAUGAAACUAUCCAACACACAGAAGCUUUUUGUUAUGACAGUCAGGAUAUGGAGGACAAUGUUGAAGAGAUUGGUGCUCUGCAGAAAAAUCCUUCUUCAGGGGUGUCUAGUACCUUCACUGAAGUUCUGGAUUCUGCAGGCUUGCCCGAAGACAGCCAGUCAUCAUAUUUUAAUAGCGAUGAAAUGUCUGCCAAACACACUCAGAAAAGUGAUAGAGAGAUUUCACUAGAAGUAACUGAUGUAGAGAAGUCAGUGGAGAAGGAAAAGUAUUGUGGAGAUAAAAUUUGUAUGCACACAGUUUCAGAUAAAGAUGGAAAUAAAGAUGAAAGCAAAUCUACAGAAGAUAAUGCCAAUCAACCAAUUAGAAAUAGGAUUACUUACCUUCAAAUAGUUAAAGAAGGGAGGAGGUUUAAUAUUGAUCUGGUAUCGAAACUGCUGUAUUCUCAAGGAUUGCUAAUUGAUCUUUUAAUCAAAUCAGAUGUUAGUCGUUAUGUAGAAUUUAAAAAUGUCACUAGGAUUCUUGCAUUUCGGGAAGGAAAGGUAGAACAAGUGCCUUGUUCCAGAGCAGAUGUCUUUAAUAGCAAAGAACUCACCAUGGUUGAAAAGAGGAUGCUGAUGAAAUUUCUCACAUUUUGUUUAGAGUAUGAACAACAUCCUGAUGAAUACCAAGCUUUCAGGCAGUGUUCAUUUUCAGAAUACUUAAAAACUAAAAAACUAACUCCCAACCUUCAACAUUUUGUACUGCACUCAAUUGCAAUGACAUCAGAGUCAUCUUGCACUACAAUAGAUGGCCUUAACGCAAUUAAAAACUUCCUUCAGUGUCUCGGACGGUUUGGCAACACUCCCUUUUUAUUUCCCUUAUAUGGCCAAGGAGAAAUUCCCCAGUGUUUCUGUAGGAUGUGUGCAGUUUUUGGUGGAAUCUAUUGUCUUCGUCAUAAAGUACAAUGCUUUGUAGUUGACAAAGAAUCUGGACGAUGUAAAGCAAUUAUAGAUCACUUUGGUCAAAGAAUAAAUGCUAAAUAUUUUAUUGUGGAAGACAGUUACCUUUCUGAGGAAACAUGCUCAAAUGUGCAGUAUAAGCAGAUCUCUAGGGCAGUACUUAUUACAGAUCAGUCUAUACUAAAGACAGAUUCAGAUCAGCAGACUUCCAUUCUGAUAGUUCCUCCAGCAGAGCCAGGAGCUUGUGCUGUACGGGUCACAGAAUUAUGUUCUUCAACCAUGACAUGCAUGAAGGACACCUAUCUGGUACAUUUGACAUGUUCAUCUUCUCAAACAGCAAGAGAAGACUUAGAAUCAGUGGUGAAGAAAUUAUUCACUCCAUAUACUGAAACAGAAAUAAACAAGGAAGAACUUACAAAGCCAAGACUCUUGUGGGCUCUUUAUUUUAAUAUGAGAGAUUCCUCGGGAAUCAGCAGAAGCUCAUAUAAUGGCUUGCCUUCCAAUGUUUAUGUCUGCUCUGGGCCUGACUGUGGCCUGGGAAAUGAGCACGCUGUCAAGCAAGCUGAAACACUUUUCCAGGAGAUCUUUCCAACUGAAGAAUUCUGCCCUCCACCUCCAAAUCCAGAAGACAUUAUCUUUGAUGGCGAUGAUAAGCAGCCAGAGUCUCCUGGAACCAAUAAUGUAAUAGUGGCCAAACUAGAAUCCUCUGAGGAAAGCAAAAACCAAGAAAGCCCAGAGAAGCACCUUCAAAAUUAGAAAAGAGCAAUCUGGAAAUGCUGUUUUGGACCUCCUUCAUGGCAUCAGAAUAUUCUCAUUUAAAGGACAGUUUCCCAUAUGAGUAAUUAGAAGUGGUUAUAUAUGAUGAAUGCUAUGCAGAUGUUGUCUUUGACUCUCAGACAUUCAGCAUUGAAUAUCUUUGUUAACCUAUUAAUGAGUGAUUUAUUGAUUAUUGAACAUUUUGUUUAGAAUGGGCUACAUGACCCAUAAUCUUAAAACAGAGUUAGCUGUAUUUUAGUAUUGGGUAUGUAUGUAAGGGUUCCGUAUUAACAACUCAGCUUAAAGGUAAUGUUGUAUUUGCUAAUGAUCUUCAGAUUUUAUCUUUGUCUAUAGAACAAUUAGUAAUACCAAGUAAUAUUUUAAUUACUUUCGCAGCUAUUAUAGUUGCUGCGGCCUGUUCGAAUAGUGAAACACACACAAAUGGUAAAUUAUGUGGAUCUUUUGCAUAUAAUAUAAAUGUAUAGACAAGGUGGUAGGAAUAGCAACUAAUACAAAUGCCAAUAUGAUAAUAAAAUACAUUUGUCUA